GGGCGUUUGGGCUAAAGCAAGCAAGGAGGACUUAUUCUUUCUUAUUUUGCUAAAAUUUGGUUCUGUGAAUCAGAAGCCAUUGCGAUGCUUUGAUUAUGAAAAUUUUAGCUAUUCGUAGUUGAUACUGUGUGCAAAUUUUUUUCAAAUAACCCGGAGAUUCGUCGAACGGAGGUUGAAGGAGUGGACUGAAGAUUGAACAUGGCGGAUCCUGUGAGCAGUUACGACGCAAAACUGCUGAAAAACCUGGGUGGUGUAGGGCUUGUGAUGACUAUUAUCUUCACCAUAUCGGUUGGACUACUUAUUGUCAUAAUUGUGAAGCGGCAAAUACUAAGGAUGUUGCUACUUUCAAAAAGAGGACCACAUUCCCCUGUUGGGAGUGAUGCACCUAAGAGAUUAGGAAGAAAGAUUACAGCUCAUUUACAGAGAAUUUCCCAGUUAAGAAUGGAACCCAGGAUGUUAUCAGAACAAUUCAACAAACCUGCAGAUGGUACAUCUAACUUUGAUUCUCCUUCAGAUCAAUACACCAGAAGCUAUAAGUACAGAAUGAAGGCUAUGGACAAGAUGACAGAACUAGAUGACCUUUUAUGCACAAUUGACUUCAAAUACAGCCGUAAAAAGAAGCAGUCAGUCAGAGACCACCUCAAGUCUUUACAGGGGCCUCCGUACAAUAUAAUACGUGGUGGUGAUGACACAAUUAGAGAAGUUGCAGAUAUGUAUGAACAUGCAAGAUUUGAAACUAAGGAAUUUGGUGCAUUGCAGUACAGAAAGUUUGCCUAUCUUGUUGAACAACUGAAGGACAGGGUGAAAGAUGAGUACCAGUGUCCCAAUGUAGACACACUUGUGUCUCCUUCUGUUUCACAAUUUAACAAGAAAGGAAAACCUGCAUUUGUCUGAUCUUGCAAUCAACCUCUCCGGUACGUCUUUAUGUAAAUGUUCCUGGAAGUCUUAUAAUUGCUGGAAACAGUAAAAAGCCAAUAAGAAAGCCGCCAUCAAGC